UCAUUUCAUACCAUGCUUCAUCUAUCCAUCCAUGCCACUGCUACCCACGACAUUAAUGUUUAUUAUAGUUUAUUCUUCAUGCCAUGCCAACUGAGGGAACUUAAAAGUUCCCUUUUUCCACUUGGCCUUUCUCACUUCCUCCAUUCUCACCUGAGCUCUGCCUCACUUUUAAAGUCAUCCUUGAAGCUUCUCAACAUGAUUGGCUGCCUCUUGGUGCUCAUUUGCAGUAGCUCAGGUGCUCAUGGCCAGAAUGUUUUCUUGGCUCCUCAUGCAAAUUCAACUCCCAAAAUCACUACAAAAACGGAAACCCUCUGUCCACUGACGCUGUUAGCUACACCUGACUACCCGGUGGCAGCGGGUCAAAAGGUUAGCCUGCACUGUAGCGGUCCGACGUCGGCCAACGUGACUUGGUCAUGGCACAAAGAAGAGAAUGGGUUGUGGCACCAAGUUGGCACAGGAAAAACUCUGACCCUCAGUGAGCCAGAGCAUAGCGGGAUGUAUCGCUGCCAAACUAGCAGCCACAAUCACUCAGACUGUGGGAGCCCCACUCACAACGUCUAUAUUGUCUCUUUUCACGCUGCAGAAAUGAAGAAUAUGGGAAUAAGUGCCUUCACCCUCUCUCUGCUGGCCUUGAUGGUUAAUAUAUGUCUUGUAUGUUGGCUGCUCUGGCAAAGAUGGUGUGACAAGAAAAGCUCCUCUAACACAGCACUUAAAGCUUUUCCAAAAGACGGAAAGGAGCCAAAGGGAGCUUUGCCACAAGCCGAGAAUGGUGGCCACGUGUACGUGAAUUACUCAAGCACAAACCUCGCCUACACCAAUCUAGAGCCCGCAAGCAUGAGGGGCGACAACACUUACUCAAUUCUGUCAUGAGCUUAAUCUGCACAGGAAAAGGCUUUUAGUGCAAUGUUUCAACAUGUUUUUAACUGAAGACCCACAUGAUGAAUGUGGUGUUCUCCUGUCAUGUAUUAAAAUAACACUGACAUAGUCUGUGCAAAAAGAAGACAUUCAUUUUACUAGGCAAGAAGAAAAAAGCCAUGUAUAUAUUUGUAACAUUGCGGCUUUUAGCUGAAACUUCGACUUUAUUCUUACUUACUUUUUUUGUUUUUAAAUAUUACACAAUUGUUCUUGUUAAAUUACACCUUUAUUCUCAAAACAUUUUGAUGUUAUUUUGAAAAAAUAUUUUUGUGCCUUCACAAUAUUUUGACUUUAUUCUCAUUAUUAAAAGCCUUUUAUGAAUAAACUUUAUUUUUGUAACAUUACGACUUUACGGUUAAACUCCAAACUUCCUUCUUAUAAGUGCUGUUUUUCCUUCUUUUUUUUAAAUAAUAUAGAAUUGUUCUUGUAAAUUUAAAUUUUUAUUCUUAU